AGUCAAGGCUAGGGAGGCUCAUGAUGGCCGCCCCCCCCAAAAUCUGGACUGAUAAGGUUCAAUGGCUAACAGAGCUCUCAUCAUCCUUCUCCUCUUGUUGCUCACUACAGGUGGACGCUCUGAUUUAAUCUUCUACUACGAGAACAAAUGCAGUUACCCGGUAUGGCUUGCUGCCAGACCCUCAAUCGGUGAUUCUGAUCCUGAGCGUGGUCCGAACACCUUAGAGAUAUUCUCAAUGCCUGAUCAAUGGACUGGUAGCAUCUGGGCUAGGACCAAGUGUAGCUUCAAUGCCUCGUAUUACUUUUCAUGUGAAACAGGGGACUGUGGCUCUGGCUUGAAAGAAUGCCAAAACCCACCACCCGCAUUACCUGUCACCCUUCUCAAUUUCGAGAUCAAACCAUCUUUUGUCUCCUAUGAAGUGAGCUUGAACCACGGCCACAACAUUCCCGUCCGGAUCCAACCGGACGGCGGGUCUCUACUCGGCGAGGUUGGGCCAUGUCCUGUCGUAGAUUGUAUAGAAGCUAUAAGUGACGUGUGUCCGAGUCCUCUAGUAGCCCAGAACAGUGAUGGGCGGUAUAUUGGGUGUUAUAGCGCGUGCGAUGAGUUUAAGGAUCCAAAAUAUUGUUGCACAGGGAAUUAUAGUAGCCCAGGGGCUUGCCAGCCUAACGACUACUCGAAGACCUUCAAGCGACUAUGCAAACUUGCCCACACCUAUCCAGGGGACAAUGAUCCUCCCACUUAUAAAUGCACCGGGGCAACGAGGUACAACAUAACCUUUUGUCCCUUCUAGAUUUGCCAUGUCGUGUCCCAAAUGGUUGUAUCCAUGCAGUGGGGUGCUUUAAUCUUCGGCUUUGUAUUUUAACAGAAUAUGGAAUCCAUGGAAGGGGAUAUUGGAGGAUAUGUUGUUGGGACUAGCCAUUUUGGAGAAAAAUAAAACGGGAGAAUAAUGAAUUUACCCCCAUGAACUAUCCAAUUAAAUUAUCAUUUCUCACUUAACGAUUGAUCCCUACCAUUUCUUUUCAAUUAAUACCCUUCGUCAGUGUUUGUCUAAAAAAGGAUGAAAACUUGCGCACGUGCAAAUCUCUUAUUUGAAAUGUUCAAAUCACCCUAAAAAAAAAAUUAAUGG